AUGGAGUCGGGACUGCCGGCUCGGCGGACAGCUAUGGCGCCGCUGCUGGAGUAUGAGCGGCAGCUGGUGCUGGAACUACUGGACGCGGACGGGCUGGUAGUGUGCGCCCGCGGGCUGGGCGCGGACCGGCUCCUCUACCACUUCCUCCGGCUGCACUGCCACCCGGCGUGCCUGGUGCUGGUGCUCAACACUCAGCCGGCCGAGGAGGAGUACUUUAUCAAUCAGCUGAAGAUUGAAGGAGUCGAACACCUCCCUCGCCGGGUAACAAAUGAAAUCACAAGUAACAGUCGCUAUGAGGUCUACACACAAGGAGGUGUGAUAUUUGCAACAAGUCGAAUACUUGUGGUCGACUUCUUGACUGAUAGAAUACCUUCAGAUUUAAUUACCGGCAUCUUGGUGUACAGAGCUCACAGGAUAAUCGAGUCUUGUCAAGAAGCCUUCAUCUUGCGUCUGUUUCGCCAGAAAAACAAGCGUGGCUUUAUUAAAGCUUUCACAGACAACGCUGUCGCCUUUGAUACUGGUUUUUGUCACGUGGAAAGAGUGAUGAGGAAUCUUUUUGUAGGGAAGCUCUACCUGUGGCCAAGGUUCCACGCGGCAGUGAACUCGUUUUUAGAGCAGCACAAACCUGAAGUUGUGGAAAUUCACGUGUCUAUGACGCCCGCCAUGCUUGCUAUACAGACCGCCAUACUGGACAUUUUAAAUGCAUGUCUGAAGGAGCUCAAGUGCCAUAACCCGUCCCUUGAAGUGGAAGAUUUGUCUUUAGAAAAUGCUAUUGGGAAGCCCUUUGACAAGACAAUCCGCCAUUAUCUGGAUCCUUUGUGGCACCAGCUUGGAGCCAAGACUAAGUCCUUGGUUCAGGACUUGAAGAUAUUACGAACUUUGCUGCAAUAUCUCUCUCAGUAUGAUUGUAUCACAUUCCUUAAUCUUCUGGAAUCUCUGAGAGCAACAGAGAAGGCUUUUGGUCAGAAUUCAGGUUGGCUGUUUCUUGACUCUAGCACCUCAAUGUUUGUAAAUGCUCGAGCAAGGGUUUACCAUCUUCCAGAUGCCAAAAUGAACAAAAAAGGCAAAAUGUCUGAAAAAACGGAGAUGAAAGAAGAGCAAGAAACAAAAAAGGAAUUGGUCCUAGAAAGCAACCCAAAGUGGGAAGCAUUAACUGAAGUACUGAAAGAAAUUGAGGCAGAAAAUAAAGAGAGCGAAGCCCUUGGUGGUCCAGGUCAAGUACUUAUUUGUGCAAGCGAUGACCGAACAUGUUCCCAGCUGAGAGAGUACAUCACUAUGGGAGCAGAGGCCUUCUUGCUGAGGCUCUACAGGAAAACCUUUGAGAAGGAUAGCAAAGCCGAAGAAGUGUGGAUGAAAUUUAGACGUGAGGACAGUCCAAAGAGAAUGGCAAAAUCUAACAAAAGGCCUAAAGGCCCCCCAAACAAACAAAGGGCUGCCACCAAAGAAAGGACUCUGAAAAAGAAAAAGCGAAGGUUAACCUUAACUCAGAUGAUGGGAAAGUCUGAAGAACCUGAAGAGGCAGGAGAUGUCAAGGAAGGCUAUCCUAGAGACACAGGCAGUAGCCCAGAAAGCUCCUUAGAAGAAAUUAAGCACGAGGAAUUUGACUUAAACUUGUCCUCUGAUGCCGCAUAUGGAAUCCUGAAAGACCCACUCACCAUCCUCCAUCCGCUCCUGGGCUGUAGUGACCCCUAUGCUCUGACGAGGGUGCUCCAUGAAGUGGAACCAAGAUACGUGGUUCUGUACGAUGCGGAACUGACGUUCGUUCGCCAGCUUGAAAUUUACAGGGCGAGCAGGCCCGGGAAGCCUCUGAGGGUCUACUUUCUUAUAUAUGGAGGUUCAACCGAGGAACAGCGCUAUCUCACUGCUUUGCGGAAAGAAAAGGAAGCUUUUGAGAAACUCAUAAGGGAGAAGGCCAGCAUGGUGGUCCCUGAAGGAAGGGAAGGUAGGGACGAAGCAAAUCCGGAGCUGGUCAGGGGCUCCGCGGCUGCAGGCGCUCCCACCGACACCCGGAAAGCAGGUGGCCAGGAACAGAGCAGGCCGCAGCAGACUAUAGUCGUGGAUGUGCGUGAGUUUCGCAGUGAACUGCCGUCCCUGAUCCACCGUCGGGGCAUCGACAUCGAACCCGUGACUCUGGAGGUCGGGGAUUACAUUCUGACCCCGGAAAUGUGCGUGGAGCGCAAGAGCGUCAGCGACCUGAUCGGCUCGUUAAGCAACGGCCGCCUGUACAGCCAGUGCGUGUCCAUGUCCCGCUACUACAAGCGCCCGGUGCUGCUCAUCGAGUUCGACCCCCGCCAGCCCUUCUCCCUCACGUCCCGCGGCGCGCUGCGUCAGGAGAUCUCCGGCAACGACGUCAGCUCCAAACUCACGCUCCUCACGCUCCACUUCCCCAGGCUCCGCAUUCUCUGGUGCCCCUCGCCUCACGCCACCGCCGAGCUGUUCGAGGAGCUGAAGCAGAACAGGCCACAGCCCGACGCGGCCACGGCCAUGGCCGUCACAGCGGAUUCGGAAACGCUGCCGGAGUCGGAGAAGUACAAUCCCGGCCCCCAGGACUUCCUGUUAAAGAUGCCGGGGGUGAACGCCAAGAACUGUCGCGCCGUGAUGCAGCACGUGCGGAACAUCGCGGAGCUCGCCAGCCUGUCGCAGGACAAACUGGCAGGUAUUCUGGGCAACGCCGGGAAUGCCAAGCAGCUCUAUGACUUCAUUCACACCUCUUACGCAGAGGUCGCGUCUAAGGGGAAGAUGAGAAAAUGAACGGUGACGGCUGUCUUCUUGUCCCGAGACCGUGCUUUCCAGCCGCUCUCUGCCGGCAUUCCUGGGUCCCCAUUUAUCAUUAGUUCCCGAUUGCCUCGUCUUCCAGCCCUUAACAGCCGAGCUGUCCGCUUAC